AUGGAACUACUUGGCAAACCCCCUCGGAGCAAAAUCUUGCCAAGAAAGCUACAGUACGUUGAGAAAAUUGAGCUGGGCGACUUCCUCUCCCUCGCCGACGACAACCCUGCGAGGACGGCCGCUGGCUGGUCCACGGAGGAGGCCAGGUUGAAUCUGAAACUGAGAAGUCAAGAAGUGAAAUUGAAGAUGGAAAGCCUGGAAUCACGGGAGAUGUGGAAAGGUUUUAUCCUCACCGUGGUGGAGAUGAAAGUCCCUCCCAGUUUGAUGCUGCUUCCCGGACACCUCUAUAUGUUGGCUGAAGCGCUUGAGAAGGAAAAGCAACGGAGGUCCAACCUGGAGCAAUCUGACCCCCAGAAAGAGAAGGAACUUCCGGAAUGUUUCUUCAGAGUGUCCAGAACGGAGGCGGAGGUGCUUUUGGAGAAGAAUGAAAGUUGCGGCAAUAUGUUGCUACGUCCGGGAGGAGACGGCAAAAGCAUCGCUGUGACCACCCGGCAGAAGGUGAACGGGACUGCAGCCAUCAAACACUACAAGAUCAACGUGGAUUGUGGGGAAUACGUCAUCGAUGUCGAAGAACCGUACCGCUGCUCCUCACUUCAGGAGGUGGUGGAGUUUUUCGUCACCAACACCAAUAGAGUCCUUGUGCCAUUGUCCCUGGAUGAGAGCUACGCUAUGACGUUGGAGAUCAUGGAGAUGGAUAAAGAAAGUGGAGAGAGCACCUCAGUUCCUGCCCGAGUGCCCCUUCUGCCCCCACAUCACCCCAAAGGUGCCCCCGGGGGACAAAAGCCUUCCCCGUCGCCUCGAUCUCGGCCAUUUCCCCCUCUCCCUCCUCCGGUUUUGCCCAUUCAGUCCCCUCGCCCAGUGUCCGUCCCACCACCCGAGAGUGUAUAUUUGGAAGAAGACCCACCAGAUCAGACCUAUGUCAAUGAUGAACAUGUGGCUGAGAUGAAACAAAUCAAUUCUCCAGGAGCUCCUGGCUUGCUGCGCGGUGGCCCCAGUGUGCCGAAGACGACGGAACGGACUUCUUCCCGUCUCAUAAUGUCUUUACCCAGAGGCUUUUCCAUUGGGAUGUCGGAAGAACUGGAACGAAAGCUUCAGGAGCGGAGAGCUACCAUACAAGAGUGAUGGAAACCGCAUCCUUGCCAAAACACCCACGAAAAGUCGAGAAAGGAUGGCUAUGGUCGUCCAUCCAAUGUUUCCCAGGGGUUAAAUGUCCCUAGGGACCUCUGUGUCCUUCUCUCCAGACAAUCUCCUUAUCUCUUUUCAAGUGACACCGCUAUGGUACUGCAUCUCAAAAGGAUGUCCAAUCUUCCCUGAAUCCUUCCCUAUCGCUCAAGGGCAGACAUCUUGACCAGGGACACUAGACUAGGCCAGUCACCUGAAAAAGCAAUUGAAAAAUGCUCAAGGAAAUCUUAUAUGUCUCAUUUAACACACACUCUCUCAGGGGCAUCAAUAGGGGAGUGUGGAUCUAACCAAGUGACACCUUAAGAUGGGAUGACACCCCUGAUCCCCAAAUAUCUGCCUUUUGGACUAAACAUCGCAUUUUACCAAAUUUUCACUUUAACCACAUGAAAGGAUGUACGUGUAAAUACAUUGAGGCUGUGCAUAUGAUCUUGUAGUUUAAAGAUAUAUAUAACUUUAAUUGGGCUAGUUGUUUAUGCCAUGGCAUCCCCAGUCUUCAGACACACAGACCUAUGUUUAGUGGGUUAUGCAGAAGUCUACAGUUUAUUGUUAAGGCCAGAAGCUGGUUGUGUGGUGAGACAUCAAAACAUACCAAAACAUUUUUUAAACAUCUCUACAAGCAGUCGACAGUAUGCUGUUUUGAGAACGAAUCAGAGCAUGGGAACGUUAGCUUCUUUUUUAAUGGACUGCAGCUCCCAGAAUCCACUGACCAUGCGUGCCAGGGAAUUCUGGGAGGUACAGUCCCAAACACUGAUGUUUCCAAGCUUCCCGUUCUAAAGCCUUGCUGGUUUCUUCUUGUAUUGCUGUCAUAGAAGCCAAAGUAAAAUGGAAGGUGGCGGGAGAGGUGGCGACAUUGUGAUCCGUUUUGGAGUCCUGGAUUAAAGCUUGGCAAUGUGUGCAUCCCACAGAAAGGCAAAACAUGAUUCAGAAACUACGUGUGUAUCUCAUAAAAAGGCAAAACAUGAUACCGAACCCCACCUUUCAUAGAAUCAUAGAGUUGGAAGAGACCUCAAGGGCCAUCAAGUUCAACCUCCCAAAUGGCUCAGCUUUCCAGGUCAAAUGACUCUAACAUCACAACUCUGCAUCGUCAACAUAACUAUGAGGAUGGAGCACCGUUAUCACAGUGAUGUCUCAUGAUGCCACUUUUGCAAAUGGCAGCUUUCAUUGCAAAGCCGAGUUUCUAUCCCUCAUGGUGGAAGAAAAGACAGAAGGAAGAAGAACAGAUAGGAAGGAUAGUGUGAUCUGUCGCAAGUUUUAGAAUCUAGAUCAGUGGUCCUCAAAGUAGAUCCUCCAGAUGUUCGGGAACUCAACCCACGGAAAUCCUGACGUUGGCCUCUGGGAGUUGUAGUCCAAAACAUCUGGGUGACCAAAGAUUGGGAACCACUGACCUAGACAUAGAAGGAAGCUUGGCUGUACUCUGUGGGCCUUAUUCCCAUGGCUGUCCCUAUAGGAUCGCAGCCUGAAUAUGAAGUAUCUGUCUACAUGGGAUACCAGAGAAAGAGAUAGGAAGUCCUUCAUUUCAUCAUUAUGCCAAGAUAUGAGAUAUAUUCAUUAACAGUGAGACCAGGCAACCAAGCUGCUCAGUGCAAUGUGCCCCUAUUCAAAAGUUUAGCAUCUCCAUCCAUCCCACCCACCCAUCCCCAUUUCUCUUCCCGUGCAACAGUUAAUCUUCAAUAUUUGCCAAGUCCUCAUUGGGAUACAGGGUUUCUCUUCCCCAACCUUUUUAGGUCUCUUUCUCCUAAAGAGUUGAGACAAAGGAGACAAAAUCCAAAGACAUAGAUCAGUAGCCAAAGGGAUCUUGUAGCAGGUUUGAGACGAAGGACUCAAAGAGGCUAAAAAGCAGGAUUUGGAUAGGACAAAAGCAUCUUUGGCCAGUAUUUAUCACACGACGCCGUCUCCGUUCCACUGCCUUGAGUUCCAUCUGUUGCUAUAGUGGCCCUUUUCAUUGACAGGCAAAACCCAUUAAUAGGCUCUCGAUUUCGCCUGCUAUUCCAUUACUGCCUUUGUGCGAUAAGUCCCAUCUGCGGCAGUUCUGCUUCUCAGGCGGUCAUAUAUGAUGUGACUUCCACUUGGAAAGUGGCGUUUGGCAGUGCAGAAAACAGAUCGUGCAAACAAUGGAUCGCCAAAGUGCUAUCGUGGAGGAAAGUGUGAUAAGAAAUGGUGCCAAAUUGGUAUGCUUCCAUUCUUAAACUGGGAGAGCAGGCUGGUCUGAUCAAGUCCUAACUUCUCCGUUGAUCUCAAAGGUGCUACAAGAUCCCUUGCACUGUUUUGCUUCCUUUACAUCUUUCAGGCUAUACAAUCUGGAUCAACUUAUUUUUUAAGACAAGCCAAAUGGAAAAUAGAGCUAGAGAGAUCCUGGCAUCAACAUCCUGCCCUGUUUGCCAUCUUCCUUUUUGGCUAAGGUUUGUUAUCCCACAUCUUGCCGAAGGCCAAAAAAAGUGGACAAUGUGGUGGUUGGCGAGGGAAAGACCCCUGUGAUGGGUGAUAACAGGAGGCUUUCUCUUUCUUUUUUUACAAUCGUAGACAGAGAACAAAUAAACCCAAUACAUUCA